AUGAAUCAAAGAGUGAAUGGUCCACCAAGAUUGAACAAGGUUGAUCCCAACAAGGCUUGGUGUUAUGAAACCAUAGAAAUUGUUGUUCUUAACAAGGUUGAUGAGCUUAUGAAGAGAUCAAUUGUGGAAUCACCGAAUCAGGGCAGGGAAAGUGGGAAACAAAAGGGGCAGUCAGCAGUGCAUCACAACAUCAACAAUCGCCCAUCAGACAUGAAGUAUAAACAACCAUCCGGUAGUCAAAAACGUAAAAAAAGAAAACUAGAUGAAGAAAAGAGAAAGGCUGACGCCGGUGCUCUAGAUAAGUUUAUCCAUAGACAACCUAUUGAAGAACAUGUUGAAGAACAUAUUGAAGAGCACAUUGAAGAGCAUGUUGAAGAGCACAUUGAAGAGCAUGUUGAAGAGCAAGAGCAUAUAGAAGUAGAAGAGGCAGAAGAACAAGAGCCCGUUAAAGAGUUUGUUGAUAUAUAUGAUCCAAGAAGAUGGGAAAAACUUAAUUCUGAGGAGAUUAAACUUUUGGUCCAGAAAGGCCCUAAAAGAGAUAAUAGUAUUAUGUAUGGUCCCUACGAUAAAUUUGGUAGACGGUUUUCUGCAGCUUUAUAUACAAGAACUUUACCAAAUUUGGAGAAGUGUGAUAGAGAAUGGCUAGUAUAUUCAAAAGAGCUUGACAAAGUAUUUUGUUUCUGUUGUAAAGUGUUUAGAAAAGGGAUUUCAAAAGGUAAAUUGGAUGGUGAUGGUUAUGCAGAUUGGCACCAUGUCACCACUAGGGUUAAAGAACACGAAAUUUCAUUGGAUCAUCUUACAAAUAGGAAUAAGUGGUUUGAUAUGCGUAAAAGACUGAACCUAAAUGAAAUAAUUGAUAAAGUUCAAUAUGAGCAAUUCAAGAAAGAAAGAGAUUACUGGAAACAAGUCCUUUUGAGAAUCAUUGCAGUAGUGAAAUUUCUUGCUAAACAUAAUUUAGCAUUUCGUGGAUCCAAUGAAAAGUUGUAUAAAAAAGGUAACGGAAAUUUUUUGGGUGUCAUUGAAAUGUUGGAAGAGUUUGACCCGGUUAUCAAAGAGCAUGUGCGGCGGAUCACAUGUGAUGGGCUUCAUGUGCAUUAUCUUGGCCACUUAAUCCAAAACGAACUAAUAUCUUUUCUAGCUCAAGAAAUUAAAAAAGAACUUAUCAAGAAGAUAAAGGAAGCAAAGUACUACUCAAUCAUACUUGAUUGUACUCCCGAUUCAAGUCACCAGGAACAGAUGACUAUAAUAGUGAGGUAUUUGACGUUAUCAUAUAACUCUGUUACUGUUGAGGAGUCCUUUUUAGGUUUUUUGAAUGUUGAUGAUACCUCUGGAAAAGGACUAUUUGAUAUUACACUUGAGGAGUUACAGUCUCUUGGUCUUGAAAUUGAUGAUAUGCGUGGUCAAGGCUAUGAUAAUGGAGCAAACAUGAAAGGAAAACACCAAGGGGUGCAAAAGAGAUUUUUAGAUAUAAAUCCUAGAGCAUUUUACACUCCUUGUGGUUGCCAUUCUCUUAAUCUUACAUUAUGUGAUAUGGCUAAAAAGUGUGUUAAAGGAAAGAACUUUUUUGGAUUCAUCCAACGCAUUUAUACUAUCUUUGCAAAUUCUACUAAGAGGUGGGAAAUUUUGAAAGAUAAUGUUAAAGCUUGGAGUCUUAAGUCAUUGUGUCAAACUCGUUGGGAAAGCCGGGUUGAGAGUGUAAAGGCUAUUAAACUUCAACUUGUGGAUGUACGGGAAGCUUUACUUCAAGUUGGAGAAAAAGAUAAUGAUGCUGCAAUUGCAAGUGAAGCAACUUCACUAGCAGAAAAAGAACUUGGUGACUUUGAAUUUUUGGUAUCAACUGUUAUUUGGUAUGAAGUACUAAACCAUGUGAAUAUUGUGAGUAAGAAGUUACAAUCAAAGGAUAUGCAUCUUGAUAAUGCUAUUAAAGAAAUAAACAAAUUGAUUGGGUACUUCAAGAAUUAUAGAGAAACUGGUUUUUCAAAAGCGAUUGUUGAAGCUAAGGAGAUUGCUAUUGAAAUGGGUAUUGAUCCAAUAUUUCCACAAAAGCGUUUGAUUGAAAGGAAAAGAAGAUUUGAACAAUUCAAAGAGUAUGACAGAGUAUUUGGUUUUUUAUUUCCGCAUAAUUUGAGGGGAAUUGAAGAUAAAGAUCUUAAGUCGUAUUGUCAUCGUCUUGAAAAGGCACUCAAGUUUGAAGAAAGAUCGGAUAUUGAUGCUGAUGAACUUUAUACGGAGUUGAAAUUAUUUGAGACAUUGGAAACCAAUGAGUUUAGCAACCCUAUAGAUGUUUUGAAGUUUUUGAAAGAACUUGAUUAUUUCCCAAAUGCAAGCAUUGCAUAUAGAAUAUUGUUAACUAUUCCAGUAACGGUUGCAUCUGCAGAAAUGAGUUUUUCAAAAUUGAAGUUUGUGAAAUCUUACUUACGCUCCACAAUGACACAAGAAAGACUUAGCGGUUUGGCAAUGAUAUCUAUCGAGAAUGAAAUCUUAGAGAGUAUAGACUAUGAAGAGUUGAUCAACCAAUUUGCAAUCAAGAAUGCUAGGAGAGCUUCAAGAAUCGUCGGUUAG